UUAAUCAUCGUCUGGCCCGUAUGAAAUUAAAAAAUUAACCGCGCAAUUAACUCUAGACCGUAUAGAGGUAUUAUUUACGCUCGUACAGUUCCCUGUGUCCGUCGAUUUAAAGAAAUUCAAACAUCACGAUACACGUACCUGAGACUGAAGCGAAGCCAAUCCGUGCGAAAAAUUUCGUAGAAUCAACGAAAUUGCGUAGAAAAUUUCGAAAUUGUAAUCGCCAGUAAGAAAGUGUAAAAUUUGUUCCGCCCUUUAUAUGGGACAUACGUGGUGAUUUUUUCGAUGAAAUUUGCAGCCAAUAUACGACACACCUCCCCAUUUCGCUUGAAACGCCCAGCACAGAGGCAGUCUAAGUCUACGAAGAUAGGUAUUUGCUUCGACAGAUAAGACGACCGAUAACUGCAUACGCUCGACUCGAAUCGCGGUAUCUCGGCAAAGAUUUUCUACGUUAUAUCUGAAUUUUACAUCGCGUAAGAGUUAAAGAUGGCGGAGGCGGCGAAUCAAACGCGAUCUCAAGACCAACCUUAUCAAUCCCGUGCAAACUAUUAAAAUCGUAUCACCGUACUAGAGAGGCAAAAGUUUUUUUUCUUCGAUACGGAUACAUCCACGUGCUGUUUCCCUUUCAAGGAGAAGCUCGACAACUAUACGUGCAUCGUAGAAUGUCAGGUUGAGCGUUGUCGUUAGAGAUUAAAGCAACUCAUGACGAUCCAAGGCGACAAACGUCAACGGAAAGAAACAAAUGAUAAUCAGAAGGUACGCGAGGUUCGUGAAGCGCGGAAAAGAGGAAAAGAGGGAAAGGAAGAGAGAAAGGAAGAGAGAAAUGUAGAGGGAAGGACAGAGGGUGCGUGGUGUGCGUGCUGGAUCGAGGGAGAGACGAGAGAUCGGUGUGCACGUAGGAGGGGCGGACUUGGAUGUUGUUGGAGGGGCGCCGUUUGUAAGUGGGGGUAGAUGAAGAGAGGUGCGUCGACGAUACCGAACAUAGGCGAACCGGUGACUGUUUCGGACACGACUGGGACGGAAAAGAGAGGCACAGGCGUGAGAGAUCGCGGCAGCGAGGAAACGAGACGAAACGUGGCACGAUAUCGGGUAGGGGUAGCGCGAGCGAGAGAGAAAGCCGCGGGGUCGUCCAAUCGAGCAGUGUGGGGGACGAGGUGACAGAUACAGGCGUGAGAGAUCGUGUAACGAGGCGUGAGAGAGAGAGAGAGAGAGAGAGAGAGAGAGAGAAAGAGAGAAAAUGCGAAGGAAGACAGCGUUCGACGAGAUGGAGAAAGCGAGAAAGGACGAAAACGAGCGGGCCAAAGUGGGGAGCGAUAGGACGAGGGAGAAGGACGGUGGCCACGGUAACCAGAGGGAUGAAACGGGGCACGAAGACACGAGAGAUCGUAGCGGUGCGAGCGAGAUAGACUUUUGAGGGAGAUAACGAAAACAGAGUGGGAGAGCUGAAGAGAGAAGGAACGGAUGGAGGGGAGUAAGAGCGAGCGAGCCAGGGCGAGGCGCAGUCAGACAGUCAGGCAAGCCGCCCGGCAAGCAAGGAAGGCAGACAGGCUAGCAGGCAGCCAGUGCACCAGCCAAGACCACUAGAUCCGCUCGGCUUACCGACUUAGAGACUUAAGCCGGCAGGCAGUCCGAAAGGCUCAACCGGCUAAGCCUGGCGGACCCACCUACUACCGACGCGCGGCCACUACACGUUCCAUCUACUACGAAAACCGGCUAUACUACCGCGACCUGCAGCACCACUCACGCUUUCUUACGCUUCCUUCGUCUGUCUUCCUCCCUCUCUCUUUCUAUUACACGCUGUGUCUGUCUGUUGUUCCUUAACGCGUGCCCCGUUAAGGUGAGAGAAGACCGAGGUAGACGAGCGAGACGAGAGCGUAGCCGGCGCGCCACGUUCGACUCGAGCUGAAAGGUUCCGGUCGUCGAUCGUCGCGAUGUCACGGCGCGGAUCCCGCGCUCAAUUUUCCACGCCAUCAUCGGCGCCAGCUACCGAGUGAACCGCGUGGGUGGAAAUCUCUGGUGCGAGUCCCGCUGGCGCGUCAACGAUCGCGAGUCCAGUGACCGGUAUUGAGAUACGUGUCGGAGGUGUUGCUCUGUCCGGCGUUGCCGGUGUCGCGAUACUCGGUGGUGAUCCUUCCACGACUGGAUAUACGUACGUACGGCCAAGUUCUCUGCUGUGAUCGGUUCGAACACGCGGCUCGAAACAGUGUGCAGUGACGCAGAAUUUGUCGUGAGAGUCAGUUUCGCGAGGAUCCGUUCUUCGGGCCUGUAAACGUCGAGCUGUCGCUGUUGUUGCAUCAAAGUUUCAGUGUCGAGUAAGAGAACAGAGAACAAAGAACCGUGGCCUUUGUACCUGACCAGCUGGAUUCCUUACAGAGAGACUCGCGAUUUAACGGUCGAUCGGAAAAAGUAGAAUUUAUCGAAGAUCAGUGACUGUUUACGUUCCUGCGAGUCGAACACGCGUUGCCAAGUACCCGCGUAAGGAUUUGAACGAUCGAUGCGAGCGAACGCUACGCGACACACGGUUUUCAUCGUACGUAAACAAUACGAUCGCCUGUCAAAGGAAUACCCAAGAAUCACAGUGCGUGCGAUCUAUGGCGAUCACAGUGCGACCUCUUUAACCUACUUCUCUAUUCCACUAUUUCAACCGCGUUUCUCGGUCCUUACGUAACUCGUCGUCCAUCCGUGGUUAUCCGAUUUAUCAGUCGCUUCUACCAACGUAACGUUCGAGCACGUGCGUUAACCUGGCUCCUCCUCGUUUCAAACACAGGAUACGAUCCAUGAGAACGAGCACCUUCUACCGUCAUCCGGCUCCGACAUCGUCCUCAGUGUUGUUAACCGCAAAAACGCAGAAAUUUGCUCGUCCAAUUCUAUCCGACGCGUAGCGACGGAACGCAGAUAACGUUCGGACGUCUCCACCUGAUCCGCGACGAGCUGUUCAACCGAACCAUAUGACGAAAACUACCAGGAUUAGUCACCAAGCGUUCUCUGUGCAAGCACGAUCACUACCCGCGUCACCGAUAACGACCAUAAAUCGUCAAAUUCGAAUCAAAUUUGAUUCGUUGGAGCUCUGACGCAGAGGGAGAAAUCGUUGGUGCAAACGGAUGCCUGCAGCCGACGGCCGUCGCCAGUAAAAGCGUGCACCGAGUGGAAUCUAGCGCGCGUUCGACUCGAAUGCCUGGUUCCUGAGGGCAAAUUGGAAACACGAGCCGACUCGACGUGAUUUCGCGCGACAAACGGCCUCGCGAGGGCUCGGUUGAUCUUGCGUUGCGUUGUACAGAUCAGUCAACACGACGUUAACCUUCUACAGCAUGGAGCGGGGCAGCGGGGGCGGGGGGAGCCUCGAGCUAGCCGGGGGCGGAGGAGGAGGCGGCGGGAACACGGAUCUGUGUCUUCAAGAUCUCGUGACGGGAUCGACGACCGGCCUGUCCGUCCAGCACCAUCAGCACUCUGCCGCCGCGGGUUCCAUGGCUGGCCUCCACGGCGAUCAUCUUCAAGCAACGAUGCACCAUCACGAUCUUCACGGAAACUCGCACCACGACGCGUCCAUGUUGCACAAUUCCAACCAUCAACUGCACGAACCGCUGGAGAAGCUGAAACGUGUAUGGGCACAGGGCGACUUCCGGGACGAGGUGACCGGGGGUUUGGCGAGGCUCGAUUUGACGGGUCACGGAGCUCACACUCCCGGUGGCAGCAACCCCAGUACACCGGGCGCGACACCCACGACACCCUCCGGUGGAUUUUCUACCGCACAGCCUAGGUCCCGCACGAACACGACACACAGGCCGGAUAUUCGAAAAGAUGUUGCAACACCAACAGAGGUGAAACACGAAUUGGGCGCCGGUGGAGGGGUGGUCUCUCCGGAUGGUGUAGUUGGGGUAAAUAACGCGGACGAUAAGGAUGGAAAGAAGAACAAACGUCAAAGGCGGCAGAGGACGCAUUUCACGUCCCAACAACUUCAGGAGCUGGAGGCCUUGUUCAUGAGGAAUCGGUAUCCGGAUAUGUCGACCAGGGAAGAGAUAGGUCUGUUCACGAAGCUUCCCGAACCACGAGUCAGGGUAUGGUUCAAAAACAGGCGGGCGAAAUGGCGGAAACAGACGCGCAACGCGAACACCGCAGCUGACGCAGUAGACUUCAAGCCCGGCUUCGGCGCUAGCCUGAACAGCUUCAUCGGCCAGCCUUUCACUGACCCAGACGCGCUCUACAGUUCGUACAGCACGUACAACAACUGGGCCGCCAAAGUACCAUCGCCUCUGAGCGGCAAAGGCUUCCCUUGGGUCAAUACCUUGGGUUCCGUGGUACCAACCGCGUCGCACCAUCAUCAUCACACCCAAGUCAGUCCCGUAAACUGCUUCAACGCCGCGGCGACGUCCGUGGCGGGCAACCACAUGGGUGGAAUGUCCGUGUCCGUGGGUCAGGCAGCCACGUCCAUGUUACCAGGCAUGGGAUCGGGCUUAGGAGUUGCCGGUUCACCCGUGGCGGCGACAGGAGCUGCGUGUCCUUACGCGGCACCAGCGGCACCCCAUCAUCCCUACGGACCACCGGUAUACACGCCACACCAUAGAACAGCGGCAGCUCCGGAAAGCUGUACCGCGAUGACAUCCAGCAUCGCCUCGUUACGAUUGAAGGCCAGGCAACACAGCAGCGGUUACAGCAGCCUAAGCGGCAACUCGUUCAGCAUGGACAGCACGCCAGUCUCAGCAGCUGGGAGUCCAGUAGGUUCAAGAGCUCCUUCGGUCGGCGGUGGACCGCUCAGCGCGUGCCAAUACGCCCUAACAACCGCUGGCGAGGCGAAUCCUCACUCGCCAAGCAGCGCAGAAGCUCACGUGAACGCUACAGCCAGAGCCCAAGUCUGAGGUGAAGCGGGGGCUACAUCUAGCCCCCAUCACCACACUGUAACCGCGAAUUCUAGAAGCUCCCUGGCCGGUUCCGGGAGCUCUUUGGGAGGUGGCAGUCAAGUGGUACCGGUGGGAGCUGCAGCCAACGUGUCCGCCGGUCAGCAAAGCGACAAUCAACUGAGAACGCAAGAGUGACCCAGGCCUAGGUCCGCCGCCUCGCCGACAUUGUCGUCGACCCCUUCGUCGACCACUUCUCAUCCCCCUUACCUA